AUGACUAGCGUAGACGAUCUAUUCAAAAAGCCUGGUCUGCCAUCAUCCUCCAACAAGCGCAAAUUCGAGACCCCCGACGCACAAGCUGCAUACAAAGCCACGAAGCUAUCAAGCUCCUCAUCACCAAAUGGCACAUCUACCAACGGCGCGACAGUUGAGGAUGCAGACGAAGAUGAAGAUCUAGAAGCUGGGCCAGAGCUUCCUCCUGAUGACGAUGGCGACGACGAAGACGGCCGCUUCUUCGGCAGUGGUGUGACGAAAGAUGCAGAAGAGGCAUUGGAUUACCUCGACGAUCAAGACGAGGAAGGUUACAAGGAAGAGGUUAUUGACUCGGCAUGGUUACGGCGACUCGCAACGAGCUUUGAGAAGAAAGUGAACAAGAAUGCGGAGCUGCGCGCGAGGUACGAGGGUGAUCCGGCGAAGUUUAUGGACUCAGAAGCGGAUCUGGAUGCGGAGGUCAAGAGCUGGAGUUUGCUGAGCGAACACCCGGAGCUGUACGAAGAGUUUGCAGAGUCAAGCUCCGUACCGAAUUUGGUGGGUUUAUUGGCGCAUGAGAAUACGGACAUCGCGAUUGGCGCGAUUGAGAUCAUUGCGGAGCUAUUGGAUGAGGAUGUCGAGGCCGGACCUGAACAGUGGAGCGCAGUCACAAAGGCGUUGCUGGAUUCCGACUUGAUGGAGUUGCUUAUGAGCAAUUUGGCAAGGCUGGACGAGCAGAACGAGAGUGAUCGAAGUGGGGUGUAUCACAGCUUGUCGGUUAUGGAGAAUCUCGCGAGUCAACCGGCCGUGGCAGAGCAGAUGGGCCAGGAGAAAGUGCUGUUGUGGCUCUGUAACCGGGCGAAACGUGCAGAGAAGCCGACAGGACAGAACAAGCAGUAUGCAGCGGAAGUGCUGCAGGUUUUGUUGCAGUCAUCACCUGCCCUUCGACGGAAGCUGGCAGAAGACCUCGACGGCGUGGACCUCUUCCUGCAACUACUGGCCACAUAUCGAAAACGCGAUCCUGCAAAGGACUCCCACGAAGAAGAAUGGUCUGAGAAUCUGUUCGACGCUCUGACAUGCGUGGUCGACGAGCCUGAAGGAAAGACCAAGUUUGUGGACGCAGAAGGUGUGGAGCUUUGCUUGAUCAUGCUCAAGGAGGGCACGAAGAACAUCUCACAUCGCGCAUUGCGAGUGCUGGAUCAUGCGGUUGGCGGACAUGGCGAAGCCGCAGCCAGUGUCUGUCUAAAAGUGGUCGACGCGGCUGGACUGAAGACUCUCUUCAGCAUAUUCAUGAAGAAAGCCGACAGUGCGAACACCGAGCACUUGCUGGGCAUCUUCGCGGCGCUGUUACGAUUGCUCCCUGGCCCGUCGUCGGAGCGCAUUCGGACGCUGGCAAAGUUCAGGGAAAAGGACUACGCCACAGUCUCAAAGCUGGUACAACUGCGGAAAGAUUAUGGUCGGAAAGUUGCGUCUGUGGACAAAGAGAUUGCGCGGGAGCGAGCGACGUUGUCCGAAGAUGAGAUCGAGGAGAGAGCAGAUGAGUGGUUCUCGCUGCGGCUGGAUGGAGGAUUGUUCUGCUUGCAGACGAUAGGUGUUAUACUCGCCUGGCUGGUCGCCGAGGAGCCUGCCGUGAAGGCCAGGAUUCUCAACGUCUCAGGCAACGAACAGGAAUUGGACGCCAUUCAAGCCUCGCUUGAAGAGCAGCGAGCAGGGCUCGAGGGUGGCAGUGCAGAGGACGAGGAUACUCGUGAGAUGCUCGAGACCUUGAUCAACUUCUUGGACUAG